ACUCUCUUCAGUCUUUAAUUGAGCUGGGUGACGGGAUUCUCUGACACAUUUGACUCGAAUGUUUCGAGCCUCAUUGCGGUCUGUUUCAGACCCUCUUCGUGAUCAUGUCUGUUUCUCCUGUUUAGCCCGAAGCUUCGGAGCUCGUCCCCAGGCGCGCUUUUUCUACGCCAGCCGUGUGUCGCGUGCGGAAUCAGGAGAUAAGCCAGAAGAUGAGAACGCUGGUAGCGCGCAAAUUAAGGAACUAGCAGUUGCCGCUGAACAACUCAAAAAGCAUCAACCUGUUGCGAAGAAGAAACCCCGGUCUCAUAAGGGAAAUUCCGGGCCCCAGGACCCCAGCAAACGUCAUGAUAAAGGUGCAGACCGCGACGGGGACAAGAAAUUCACAAAACCAAGGAAGCCAACUGGAAAAGGGCGGACAGGGAAUAAUCCGAAGAUUCGUUUAUCCACAGGUCAAAGUCUUAAGCAGCUGAAGCCGAUAGCGAGAGCGGAUAGUUCAUCACAGUCUUCAGCAGUGAAACCGCCAAAGACGCCCUCGACUGUUGCUACUGCUGCUACUGCGGCUGUUGCGACUGCUGCCGCUGCAACUGCUACCGCCGCCGCUGCCAGUGCUCCCGAUACAAAAGCAGCUCCUCCUCCACCUACGCAAGACUUCCCCCAACCCCCCAAUUUCACCUUAGCCCACAUUGGGUCCCGAGACCAUGGCAAGCUGUACUCUAGGCUGGGAGUUACAGAGGGAAUGGCUAUAACACCACUGGACGUUGAACGGCCCCCGGUUCCAGAACUUUCUUUCGGGUUGGAGAGAGUUUUAUUCAACCCUGGGGUAUAUCACCUCCGCGAUCCCCGAUCUCGCGUUUUCAACUUCGAUCCGUACUUAGGAUCCAUUAUGCCUGUGACUGAAUUCGACUUUGCAGCCUUGAAGGAAUACAUUACAUCUUCGAAGGACGAUAUCCUGCGGAAUAUCGCGACCAAGGAGAAAAAGAAGUACAUAGGAUCCUCGUCAAGCAUGACAUCUGUACUCUCGCAUUUCCAUUAUCUUCUCUCGGCGUGGCGCCCCAUUAAUACGGAGACAUUGUCUCAAGGGUUUUCUGACAAAAUGCGCACCUUCACACGUCUGAUGCGAGCUCCCGCUGCCAUGUUCCUUCGGUAUCAAGAUGGCGUCUACGCAAUUGACGCUGACAAGGAGUUUGACUCCGCCAACAUUCUCAUGAAUCUAGGCAAGUCUAUGGAGAAGCUUCUGACCUUACCAAAGGAAGACUUUGAGCGCUACCGGAGAUCAAGUGCGAAUAAGAUCACCCCCGAGGAGGAACAGGCAGUCCCAGAAGCCUAUCAUUACUCCACGUUUGGAGAUUUUCUCAUGAGGUCUCAGCUAGACGCUUAUGACCCACGUCUUCCAGGCACGGGGAUGUUCGAUUUGAAGACCCGCGCCGUUGUGUCUAUCCGGAUGGAUGCACGUAACUUUGAGCAUGGUCUAGGUUAUCAGAUCAAAUCUCAGUACGGUCUUUUCGAGUCGUAUGAGCGGGAAUAUUUUGACAUGAUCCGUGCUGCGUUCCUCAAGUAUUCACUUCAGGUGCGGAUUGGACGAAUGGAUGGCAUCUUUGUGGCUUUCCACAACAUCGAGCGGAUAUUUGGUUUCCAGUAUAUUAGUUUGCCGGAAAUGGACCGAACUUUACAUGGCCAGAGCGACACGGCAUUGGGCGAUGCUGAAUUUCGCCUAAGUCUUGCGCUUUGGAACAAGAUUCUCGAAAAAGCCACCGCAAAGUUUCCUAAGCAGUCUCUUCGGUUCCACUUUGAGACCAGGGACGCCAAGGUUCCCUUCAUGUAUAUCUUCGCGGUUCCCGUCACGGAUGCCGAGAUCCAUACCAUUCAGACGAAGAACAAGGCCGCCAUUGAUGCCUACCAGCAACGGGUUCUAAACCUCGCACCCCAUGACGCAGACGAGGCCCCCCCAUCUCAAGUCACAGAUGAGACGUCGGACGACCUGGCCGAUGAGGUAGCGGACGCGGCCACUCCGGACGAUACGUCUGCUACCUCGCAAGCCGGUGAGCAAGAGCUCUUUGGCAUGGUGCUCAUGAUCAAAACCUUUGUGAACGGAAAGGAAACGGAGCGACCCGAAAAUCUCAGCGCCAAGGAUCGGUGGACCGUUGAAUAUGAACUAAGCGCGAUGCAAGGAUAUCAACCCUAUGCUCUUUAUCAAGCGUGCCUGAAGCGUCGCCAGAAGGAACUGACGGUUCGUGGCGAGGAUGAUUCAGACGUCGCAGGCAACUAUUACAUCCGCAAGUUACGGGCGAUGAGCGAGGAAGGCCGCGAAUACCGCAAGGAGCAGGAAAGCCUUGACAAGGACCAUGGCGUCAUUGUCUUGAAUGAUGUAAAGCUCUAGACCCUGAAAGCUCUCUCUUAUUCUUCUAUUGACGCCCUUGUAAUAAUAUUCCCUCGCCUCCACUGAAAUGUUGUUGUUUUUUUUUUUUUUUUUU